AUGUUACACUAUUUACAUUUACUAUUAGAUAUACAAAAUUGUAAAAAGAUUUAUAGUUUUUCAAUUAAUUGUAAACAAAUAACAUUUUUCUAUGUUGAAAAAGAAUCUAAAUCGAAUUUAUAUAAUUAUUAUAAAAGUCAAGAUUUAGAUAUGUUUAAUAAUUAUUCUGAAACAUCAUUACCUGUUGAUAUGAUAAUAACAAAGGAAGAAUGGAAAAAUAAAUACUUAAAUGAAGUUAUUUGGAAAAUAUUUACAAUUUUUUUAACAAUGAGUGACAACUUUUAUGAAUAUGCAACAUUAAAUAUCAAUCCUCGUGAUGAUUUAUUUGAUUGUCGAUAUAUGAUAAGAAAAAAAUUAGGAAUUGGUUUAACAUCAAUGGUUUAUUUAUUAGAAAAAAAAGAAGAUAACUAUUUGAUUGAAGAUUCACCACACUAUGUAAUGAAAAUAUUAAAAGAAAAUAAUUAUUCAGAAUAUUUUUUAACCGAAAUUAAAAUAACAGAAAAAUUAAAACAAUUUGAUAAUUCAAACAAAUUUUAUUUAUUUUUUCAAGAUAUUCUAUCUCCAUUAUUAUCAGGUAUUACAUUUGUCUUUUGA